UGGGCAUUGGGACUUCCCAUUGGCGUUUCAAGCCGGGAGCGUUUUGGGGCUUCCUGCAGUGACUGCUGAUGGGCUGGGAAGGAAAACGCCCGGUAUUGCUGGGCUCCGGCUGCGGGGAUGGGAUAACGCAAGAGUCCUUAACGAGCCGGCGGCUGAAUCAUGGAACGUAAACGCCUGAGUCACUGGAGAUGAAUGCGGUGUUUCACGUUGGUGCAAAGUGCGGUGUGAACAGCAGUGCCUCUAUUAGGGCAGCUAAUGAGGCUUGUGCUCAGGACGGGUUUCGUUAGGUUUUGAGGUGACCCAAUCCGGAAGAGUUCCUCCUGCGGAGUGCAGGGGCAGAGCGGGAGCGCUGGGUUUUGAUGGGACUCUGCUCUGGAUGGAGGGGAAGUGAAACCUUGGAGGGGAGCUUUGCUGCACGACGUGCUCCACAUCUUGGGCAUUCCCUGCCCGUAACUGCCUCGUCCCAGGAGCUGCCUCUCCUGAAAUCCUGUGCAAUUCUCAGGAAAACGGCCUCUCAGGGCGAGCGUGGGGCAGCAGCCCGCUCUGCUUCCCCAUAGAAAGCUGCUUGCUAUUUCCAGCUCUCACAGCUUCACCCGUCCCCGCGGAGCAGAGGUGUUACUCUGCUUUCUGUGCUGUCAGAUGGCCCCAAUUUGGGGAACUGUGGACGUCUGUGGCUUGUCCUUGCUCCAGGCGUGGCUCUGCCUCUCACCUGGCUGUGCUUGGCUGGGGGGGCUGAGCUGUGGGGCUCUGUCUGCGGGCAGCUAAUUGGCUUUGCCCCGCGUCGUAUGGGGGAGCAAUGGGCUGCUCCCACACCAUCCCGAGGCAGGAGUCCGCGUGAAGAGCUGACGUUGCUUUUGGGUCGGAUUUCUGCUGUCCCGUGCUCUGUCGUCCUCCUCCCGGUGUUGUUCCCCCUGUAAGAGGAGUUGCAGCUGCUCUUCCUCCAGCGUCUGAAGCCCAAAGCAAAGCUGCAGUUUGAAAUGCAGCCCUGCAGCUCUUUGCUCCUCUGCAGGCAUCAUUGAGUGGCGAAGUCUUGGUGAUGGUUCGUGAGGCCUCACCAGUGAUGUGGGGAUGUGGAAGCGGCUCGCUGUGUGCUUUUGUGUGCUCGCAGCCCUAGUGUCAUGGUUCUAUGACUUUCGGUUAUUAGUAUUCCACAUCAUAACAUCAUGUAGUGUAUGUACCUGGUUCUGCUGCGCGCUCUUGGGUCGCUGCAAACACGGCACGAAGUGCUCUGGCCCCGUGCUCCCUGGAAGCGGGGCAGCUCUAGAGCAAGCGCAGUGCUCUGCAGCGGGGAGAUUCUUCCCCACCUCCUCCCCGGGUGGGCAGCUCAGCUGAUGUAGGCUUGGAGAAGGCUUCCAGCCUCCAAUCUCUGAACGUUGUGGGCCUUCACCGGCUGGCUCUGGCUUUAAAUGGCCUUCAAACGGCUUUGUGUCGAAGCAGAGAGCCUUGAAACGAGGCGGAGAGCGCACGCGAGUCCGUCUGUCCUCGUGGGGCUGGUCGGGAAGGCGGGCUGCCACCCGAGCACAGCGAUGGGGCCGGCGGUGGGUGGGUGAGAAGAGUCAGCCGUGCCGGGAACGUCGCUUCGGCUCGGCACGAGGGAGGUGGUGGAAUUUGCUGGUCCGCCCACGCCGCGGCCACUGCUCCUCGCUCCUCCACCUGCUGCCGCUGCCGGCGGAGGUGUGGGGUGCUCCUGCUCCCUCCCGUGUUGUUGCAGCUGCGUUUCAGCGGGGAGGAGCGGGCGCUGCGAGGCUCUGCCGGGUGUUUGUCGCUCAGGUGGAGGUCUCGGAUGUCACAACUGUCCCCUUCCCUCUUCCCGUGGGGCCGGCUCCCACCCCACACGUGGAUCGGGAGCUCCUUUGGGUUACUCGGCUUUGCUCCCAGCUGUGGGUCACCGAAAUCCGAACAAAUUCUGGUGGGGAAAAAAAGCAGAAAGAAUCCAUGUGGAUGCGCUUAAACUCUGCUGCGCUGCGAGGGGUGAGGGGAUGCUUGCAGCUGGAGCCGGCGAGACGUGACACAAAUGAAAAAGGCAUUCUCAUUGUCCUUGCCAAAGAUCAGUUCUCCUUGGUGAAAUUUACAUCAGAAGAUGCCCCCCCCCCCGCUCCCGCCUUCCUCCCAGUAACUUUAGUGGAUGGAGGAGUUAUCAUUAAACCCUAUUUUAUUGCACAUCUGCCCAGAUGCCCGCCAGCUCCGGCACUUCUUGAGCUCUCCUUUAACCUCGGGGCAGUGCAUCCCCUCUGUUGCUCAGGGCACCGGGCUUUCUCGCUCAGGUUGGUGCAUUUCGGGUUCGGGUUCGUGCCGCGGUGAAGCCCCAGCUCCCUCCUCGCUGCCGGCGCUGAGGAAGGAGCGAGGGGUGUUGAUGCUUGGGGUUGUGCAGCUAAGUGGCUGGAGCGUGGCUGUCUCCUCCCCUUCCUGAGCUUCAGCCCCAGCCAGCGCAGCUCUGGAAUGACAGGCAUUCCUGCGCCAGGGGAGCUGGCAUGGGCGCCUAUUUAUGAGAAUCAAGUGCCUGGGGAACGGGGAGCGGGACCCGCGUGGCCCACGGGCCGCCCCACGGCUGCCUCUGCUCCUGCAGCUCCGCUCACACCGUGCCGGACCCCCCGGCCCCGGGCAUGGAGUGACCCAUUCGGAGGAGCCCGGUGCUCUCCCAGGGUUUGGAUUUCUUCCUCUCUCCUCCCGCCGCCUCCCGGAGAGCGGCUUGGGAAGGGACCUCAUGGGGCAGCCGCGCUUCUCGAGACCGGUCCAUCCAGCUGCUGAGCCUGAGGAGGUGGAUCACCCCCCGAGUGAUGCGGGCAUGGGGGUCGACGUUCUGGAAUCGGGGGACACCACGCCUCCCACCAAGAGGAAAAGCAAGUUCUCAGGCUUCGGCAAGAUCUUCAAACCUUGGAAGUGGAGGAAAAAGAAAAGCAGCGACAAAUUUAAGGAGACUUCAGAAGUUUUAGAACGAAAGAUUUCUAUGCGAAAGCCGAGAGAGGAGCUGGUAAAAAGAGGGGUUCUGCUGGAAGACCCUGAGCAGGAUGGUGAAGAAGCAGACAAGGUGAAUCCGUCUGCGCUGAAGAACGGCCACACGGUGCCCAUCGGUGGCCCCGGGGUCGGUAACCAGCACAGCCAGGAAGAGGAGACCACGAGGCCAUCCAGCCUUCGGAAGUCUGUUCUGGUUGAGGAACCGAAGAAAAGACACGGUUCGUCCAGCAGCCACCCUGGUUCGGAAUCGGAGCCGCCUCAGGAGCCACACGUUCCCCGACAGCCUCUGCUUCCCCCCAAAAGGCCCCCGUCCACCUCCCAGGAGGCAAACGAACCGCAGGGAAAGGAUCCCACGCCUGCCAGCAGCGCUGCAAAAACUGCCCCCUCCAGCUCGGCCCCCGCUGUGGCAGUGACAGUCAUUUCCACAGCCACCCCUUCCCCGGCCCCCAGGACUCUGCCCCCUGUUCUCACCGGUGCCAACACUACUGCUCCUACGAGUACAGCCAGCACAGCCCCUGCCAAGCAGCCUCCCGUGCCCCCCCCCAAACCCACCAACAGGAACAGCAGCUCCGUCAUAGCGGAACUAUCUCAAGCAAUAAACAGCGGCACGGGCCUGUCCAAGCCUUCCCCUCCUCUCCCACCGAAGAGAGGCCUCGUGCCUACCAACCCGCCGGAGGCAGCCCUCGCCUCCAAGCCCCCAGGUGACCGGACAGUGACAGCGAGCCGCCCCACGCUGCUACCGAUGCCCAUGACCCCCACGUACCCACCGCCCUCGCCGUCCCCCCCGCUGCCCACGCACAUCCCUCCGGAGCCUCCACGCAUGCCCCUGCCCAGUUCCACCCCUAUCUCGGAUGCCCCUCGCUCCCUGGACCUGCCCAAAGAGACCCCCCCUCCUCCCAAAGACUUCAGGUCCCUGGAGGUGUCGAAGCGGAUGGCGGAGCAAGGCUUCGGCGAACCUCCCGCGCUGCCCCGGCUGCCCCAAAUCCCGCUGCACAUCCGGAUCCAGCAGGCCCUGGCCAGUCCCCUGCCCGUCACCCCCCCCGCCGAGGGCUCGCACAGAGCUCACUCGCUGCUCUUUGAGAACGAUGGCUUCGGGGAGGACAACGGCACGCUGGGCAGGACGAGGUCCCUGCCGGUCACCAUCGAGAUGCUGAAAGUUCCAGACGAUGAGGAAGAGGAAGAGGAGGACCAGGAAGAGGAGCAGCAUUCAGGCCCUCGUGUGUAUAUUGGGGACGUGCCGUCCAUCACCAUCAUCCCCAAGCUGGUGCCCCAGGUCCUGCCAGAGGAGCAGGAGGGGGAGGAAGGGAUGAGUGACUCUGACUCGGAGGGGCCCAUCCUGUACAAAGAUGACGAGGAGGAUGAGGAAGAAGAUGAAAGCCAUAACAGCACGCUGGCUAACAAAGUGAAGAGGAAAGACACGCUAGCUAUAAAGCUGGGGAAUGCCACUACGGUGCAGGAAGAAAAGAUUGUCUUCCCUCGGAAAAGCAAAGAGGAGUGGAAUGAAAUUCGGCACCAGAUCGGGACGACGCUGAUCAGGCGACUGAGUCAGAGGCCCACAGCAGAAGAACUGGAGCAGAGGAACAUACUUCAACCGAAAAAUGAAGCUGACCGUCAAGCUGAGAAGCGAGAGAUCAAACGCAGGCUCACCAGAAAGCUCAGCCAAAGGCCUACGGUGGCAGAGCUGCAGGCCAGGAAGAUCCUGAGGUUUAACGAGUAUGUGGAAGUAACAGAUGCUCAAGACUACGACCGGCGAGCAGAUAAGCCAUGGACAAAGCUUACGCCUGCUGACAAGGCUGCCAUCCGGAAGGAGCUAAAUGAGUUUAAGAGCUGUGAAAUGGAAGUCCAUGAGGAGAGCAAGCAGUUCACACGGUACCACCGACCAUAAUCUUCCAAGAGGGAGCAAGAGACCCAAGAGGACUGGAAGUUCUCUGCAUCCCUCUCCUGGGCAAUACAGCGAGGGCAGAACCUCAACUCUUCCAAGAUUUGCCUUCAAAACGUCUCCAAAAAAAGGGCUUUCAGCCAGGGAAGGGGGAUCCUGUCUGAAUGUAGCAUUUCACUGGAACAAACACGUCUCGAGUGCCAUCAGGCUGGAACUGAACACUAUACCUCGCACAGCUCAGCAAUACGCCUCUCCUCCGGCGCCAGCAUCUCUGCCACACCGUGCACAUGCAAGCAAACGGUUCCUUCCCCAGCUCCCUCCCCGUGGUGCCAGGCCCAGUUCUCAGCUGUACAUACUCCUUUUGGGAGCAACCCCUUUGUUUCCUCCUCCUUACCGAGAGGAGAAAAAACCAGCUGGCAGCUCUGGUUGCUGGAGAGCUGAGGAAUGGAAGGCGGAUGUGCUAGGAGGCACGUGUGUAUAUUUGCUGUGUACAGAGCCCCGUGCGGACGCUGUCCUGGCAGACAACUGACAUGUGACUCGUCAUUUUUUUGGCUUUGCUUGCGUCCGUCGUUAUCUUUCAUGUCCUGAAUCACUACUGACCAACGGUUUGUUGUCCUGGAAGGGAAUUGUAUAGAUAUUAACAUGCUGCGUCUUUUUUUUUUCUUUUCUUUUUGUAAAAAACACAAAAAAACCUACAAAAAAUAAGCAAAAAGAAAACACAAAUGUAUAAAACAUUCCCUCCCCACUCUCUCACGCUCGCUGUGAUGCUCAUGGAUCUUGUCUUGAGAUAACUAUGCUCACUUAACACAUUACAGAACCGGGAAAUGACUGUUGCCUUUUAAGAAUUUUUUAAUUUGGGGAAGCUGUGAUAGCAGUCUUUUUAUUGUGGCUUCCUCUCAGAUGUUUUUUUUUUUUACUCUGCAAAUCAGGGUGAAACUUGCCUUUUCUCAUUUUUACAGCAAAACCUACUGGAAACUUGAUGAUUUCACUGUGUGGGUGGAAGGGGGAGGGCGGGGUGGGUGGGAGAAGAGGUUGAAAAAGUGACCUUAAAAUAGACAUUCUUUCUCUUCUGAGAAUCUCAUAUUGGUUCGUCCGGAACGUUGGGUUUAUAUUCAAAUCCGGUCUGGGCCACCGCUGUAUCAUGCACAAAACGAACCCACACGUGGGAUGCCACUGAGCAUGAAGGGAGUAUCACAGGACUACAGGGGUGUGGGAAUGGAAAGGCCCGGCCUUGUUCAGCCCGUUCUGGGCCGCCCGGAGCCGGGCAGGGCUGGGCCCGGCUGUGCCAACGCCUGCAGGAGGGUGCGCGGCCCUCACAGCUUCCCCGUGUACAGUACGGCUGUAGACUUAAAUCAUUGCGUUGUAUAUCUGUCUCCUCAACAGAUUUUAAUUAUUGAAUAAAAGUAUUUUAGGAUUUUU